AUGAAGUCCUCAUUUACUCGCGCGGCCACUUUGUUUACUGCGCUGGCGUCGGCAUCUCUACUUCCUUCUUCCUCGUCUUCUGAUGCAGUCGCCAAAGACAUCACGACUGUUGCUGGUACAACAGCCAUAGAUCCUAAUCACCUAUCGAUACAUUUCCAUGCUCCCUGUGAGGAAUGUUUUGACGACACAAAGGAUGGGGUGGAGCUCACCCUUGAGAUCGACUCUGCCGAAGAGGAGUGCACUAACACCCCUCCGCGUCUGAAUGGACUUCCUCUCAUUCCAUCGACAGUUGGUAAUGACGUUGCCAACGGUCAGAUUUCCUUUAUGUCAAAGUCUUCGGGUGGCUCAGCCGAGCGCGAGGUCAAUGCUUCUUGGGAGUCGACCUGUCUGAAGGGCGAAGCUUCCAUAAUCUCCGUUCGGUUCGAGGGUAUCGUCGGAAAUGAUCCCUUCAAAGAUACUUCUGGGUUCACCACCUCGUUCAAGCAAAAAGGUCAACCCACAGUCCUACGUCUUCAAGACAAACCUGUCGCCCAAAUUUCACAAAGUCUCUGUGACGGGUGGCUCCUAUCCGAGGAUCAAAAGCUUUCUAUCACCCCCAACACCUCCAUUCCCACCUCUUCCGUUGAAGCUUUAUUACAAGCCGAGCAUUCUCAGCUCGAAGAACUGAUGAACGAGAUGGGCGCUCUCCACGAAAAGAUACGCACUACAGAGGCGAAGAUUAUCUCUCUCCUCAAACAAGAGUUCAAAGCUUGCUCAAGCAUGAAAUGCUUGUGGGAUACCGCCAUGAGUGAAGUUCCCGCCAUUGCGAAGCUCAUCAGCUCUCACUUUUCCCAUCACAAGAAUCGACAUGGUGGUUGCAAAGAUGGCGAUGCACAAUCACCAUGUUCCGCAGAAGUUCAGGACAGCUUUGUUGUCGACAGCAGUUUACAACAAGAUGGUCCGGAGGAAGGGACUAUUGGACCUGAUCGCGUGGAAUUGCCCACAGUACCAGUAACCACCCGUACGCCACCUCAUGAAGUACAAGCAACUCCCGUUCCAAGCGCAGAAGAAGACGUUCGACCUCACUUUCCAUUCACGGGAGGAGACCAUCCUCCGUCUCGACCGCCUCAUGGUCCGCCUCCAGGAUUUCGUCCACCAGCGGGACAUCAUGGUCCGCCUGUCGAUUCCGGCCCGCAUAGCCACCCUCAUGGGCCACCACCGAAUUUCGCACCCAUCGCCCAUCAAGAACGGCGCGUUUUAGAAUACCGCCUAGGGCUGGCAAUCCUUCUUCUCGUUCUACUUGUCAUACUGUCCGGCCUAGUCAUCCGCGCAAUAGUCCUGUUCAGAGAUCCUCGACGAAGGGCAGAGCGCGCAGCCCGUUGGGAAGAGCGUCGAACUAAGAGGCUUUACCGCAAAGCCGCCUGCAAGCAUAAAUGGAGAACCUGGUGGAGAGGUUUCCGAAACCAAGGCACCAAUGACUACGAGGAGAAGCGAGAAAUGAUCCUUGAACAAGAAGGCCUUGAAGAAGAGGACAACGGAUUACAAAAGGAAAUCCGUACGCUUCAAAAUGCCUCCGAUUUCGUGAGAGAUCUAGUGCAGGCUGAAGAAGGCCGAGCGAGGCCGGGGUACCGCGGGCAUUGUGACCGGGAAGGAUUCGAACCCGCGGAGCUCGAUGCUGGCGUCGGGAGCAGUGGGAUUUCUGAUAUCGCCCCAUCAUACGUGACACCUCCACCUCGAUAUGAAGAAGAGCUUGAAGGAGAAAUAAUCAUCGUCGAAGACUUCCGAUAUACACCCAGCAACACGGAUUCCACUCCGGCGAGCAGCAUCAUUGACUGCAGCCCGAGGCUGAGUUUGGAGACCGGCAGGUCGACCAUUGUCACCAAAGAUACGAGCGAAUAG